UUGUCAAGGCUUUGGGGCUUCAUUCACCAUUUUGCGACUGUAGUGUAGAAUGUACAGGGCAGUAGUUUUUCCUCCUUUUAAGUUGCUUUGCCGGAGAAACAUGAACGGCCGCUAACUGGCAGCUGCGGACGACUGGACACCCUGCCCUAUUUUACCCAGCAAACUCAUCAGAGAAACACACCGGGGUACUAUACAUGAGCUCUGAGUCUCUGGAAUAAGGUGGGCAAGUGCCGAAGUCGCGCAACGAACACGAGACAGGAUGAGAGUGAGAGGGCCUGGCAGAGAAAGAAAAUAGAGUGAAAGGAAAGGAGGAGGAAAUAGCGCAAGAGAGGAACGUCAAGGAGAAUCUCUGGGAUAAAUAAAUAAAAGAGUUGUUUUGAGAAAAAGGAACUAGAUGAAAAGAUGAAGCCAAUAAAAAAGCGCUCCCCUCCCUCCACCCGGGCUAAAGGAGGAAAGCGGCGAGGAGCGGGGGAUACCUUGGAAGGAGGAGAGAAGAGAGACUCAGAUGAGAACAGAGACAGAAGCAGAUCUCCGCAAAACCGAACUCCCUCCUCCUCGUUAUCUUCUAACUCACAUUCAGAGUCUCCACAGGCGGACACAUCCAGAGCGCGGGACUCUUCAGAUGGGGAGGGGAGGUCUGCUGCCAGCAGCGGUGGUGGCAGCAGCCACUGUGACAGCAGCGGCAGCAGUUGUAGUAACAGUAGCACACCAAGCGCCAACAACAGUCCAAACCCCGCCUCCAGCCGGAAAACAGCCACCUUCAAGGCCCGCGUCCCCAAAAAGAAGUACACCUCCGAACACUGCUCAUCUAAUACUGCUGGUAACUAUAGCAACCCUGCAUCCAGCACGCCCCCUCCUUUUUCUCUGAGCCAGGAGUCAGCGGGUCCAGGAAUCGACAUCAGCGUCUCGCAUUCUGACGGAAACGGUCAGAGUAGGAGCUUGAUGGAUGACUUCCACAGUCGUACCACCAGCAGGGAGGGGUCUCAGGACUCCCCGGGACCGCCAACCCUGUCGCUUGGAGGGGAAAAACCCAGAGGAGGUGAAGGAGUGACAGAUGCAGAGCAGGUGUCCCCAAGCCCGCUGCCCCGCUGCUCCUCAACAGACACAGCCAGCGAGCACUCGGCUGACCUGGAGGUAGUUGGUGACACACCCCCUCAGAUGUCGACACACAGAACGUCUAGUCUCCCUGACGCACUGUCCGAUGCUCUGGCCAAAGGCCUGAAGAAUCAGCGGAUCCUCGCCCGCCAGCUCAGGAGAAGAAGUGAUGAGGAGGGAGGAAGUGACAGGAGGCACGACUUGGUAUUCCGGGCUGGCGUGGUCCGUAACGUCAGUGGUGAAUAUGGAAGCCUGGAGGUUCAGCUGAACGGGGAGAAGACGUUAUGCCGCUAUCCUUACCGACAUGAGAGCCCCCCAGGGGUGGUGGACAUUAUCCUAGAUGCCCCACCUCCUGGUGUGCAUCCAGUACCUAUAGGCACCCGUGUCUGUGUACCAUUUGGGAACGACGAGGGCAGCGAGAGCCAAUGGCAAUGGUACCGAGAAGGUGUGGUGACACAGGUAGACCCACACCCUGCGGUGGCUAACCGCUACCGUGUCCUGCUGUCUGAAGAAAGGCCUCACUCUCUAGAUGAUGAAGAAAACAACAGGGGUGCUACCCAGGCAGUAUGGGUCUCCAGACAAACACUCCGGCUUCUGGUGCCACCCUGGGACUUGGAUUUGCCUUCUGCUGGUGGACAUGAAGUAGAAGAGGGGGUAAGAGACAAGGAGAGAGAUCGGGAGGAAAGGGAAGAGAUGGAUGUGGAGGUGAGACGUUUGAGUCGACAAAUGACCCCGAGCAUGGGAUCAAUGUUAGGGAGAGGAAUGCCCUACCCAGGAAUGGUUCCCGUUUCCUCCACAUCGGGCCACAGCAUCACCUCGCCCGUUACGCCGACUUCAGUCCUCAGCCUGGCUCCUGGGCGAGAGAGGGAAAUCGAGAAGGACUUGGAGUGGGAGUCACAGAGAAACCAUGGAAGAGAGAGGGAAAGAGAGCGAGAAAGGGAAAACAGUGUAAAGCAGCAGCAGCAGCAUCACCCAUAUAUGCCCCUCACCCCUGAAGAAGACAUGGAAGUGUCCGGCAUCAACAUGGUCCAAGUGGGGCAGAUUAUAUCUGGGGGCAAGCCUAUGGCAGUUCCCCAACAUCGUCACAUUGUUUCUAAGACCCCGUCUGGCUACCUCAACCCCCAUCCCCACUUGUCUGUGGUGCGAGGCAUCGGGAUUCCCCCUGCUCACAUGACCUUGAAUCCCCACCCCUCUCCUUCACCUGUCCUGUUAGGCCUUGACCCAGCAGCUGCAGCAGCCGCAGCAGCUGGAGCUGUCAUUACCACCCCUCAGCUCCAUCCUCUCCCUCCCAUCACCUCUUCCACUACAUCCUCCUCCAGAGUGGAUAAGACAUCAGGGGGAGGUUCUGCCAGCAGUGGAGCAGGUGGUGGAUCCGGAUCAGGUUCGACAUCCUCCUCCUCGUCACGUUCCCGGACUCCGCUGACAGCUGCCCAGCAAAAAUACAAGAAGGGAGACGUGGUGUGCACGCCGACAGGUAUCCGAAAGAAGUUCAACGGGAAGCAGUGGAGGAGACUGUGCUCUCGGGAGGGCUGCUCCAAAGAGUCCCAGCGGCGAGGGUACUGCUCCAGACACCUCUCCAUGAGGACCAAGGAGAUGGAAGCCAGUGGAGGGGGUCGGGAUCGGGGCGGCGCCAGCAGCACAGGGACCCUAACACCAUCUGACCUCCGACUCAGCGGUGGGAGAGCCAGUUCAGAGUUUGACUGGGAUGAGACAUCACGGGAGAGCAGUGAGGCCAGCAGCCGUGGAGGAGACUCUCGCCCCCGCCUCGUCCUUCCCUCGCUGCUCCCCCAGGACCUUUCUCGCUUCGACUUCGAUGAAUGUGAGGCGGCAACUAUGCUCGUCUCUCUCGGGGGCUCUCGUUCUGGCACGCCUUCAUUCUCCCCCAUCUCCAACCAGUCACCCUUCUCACCCACGCCAUCCCCAUCACCCUCUCCGCUCUUCGGUUUCCGCCCUGCCAAUUUCAGCCCCAUCAAUGCUACUGCCUCACUUACCCCACGCCGCCCCCGACAGCUAAGCGGCACUAAGAUGGGUACGCCAGGCGCAGAGAGAGAGCGCCAUCUGUCAGGGAUUGUGCCCACUUUUCAGACCAACCUGACUUUUACAGUCCCGAUGAGCCCCAGCAAGAGGAAGUUCGACUCCCACCCGCCCCCACCGCUACCUGCUGUCCAGGACUACCAGACCAAACCUGAACAACAGCAGCUGGUGGGUGUUGGGGUGGUGGGAGACCCACCCAUGGGCCAUAGCCCUGCUGCCUUCAGAGUGCUCUCCCCCCAGAGUCAGCCCACAACACCUUCCUCACUUUCCUUCUCUCGUCCUCGUAGCGCCACCAGCAGGCCACCAUCCUCUGCCGCCUCCACGCCUCCACCGAUGUUAGUCUCUCCAACUCCUCCUUCACCACUUCCCCAGGAGCCGUCCCCACGCCGCAUCGUGCCCCUCCGGGACUCCCCAGUCAUUGUACGCAACCCAGAUGUCCCCUUGGCCAAAUUCUCCGAUGGCCCGUCGGGAAAGAGAGAGAGAAGCAGGUCGAGGGAGCACAGCCAGCACACAGCUCCCCCAGGCCUGCAGGCCCCCGUCCCCAUCAACGGGGCAGCCACCAACGGGGCAGUUCUCCUCCGCAAUCCCACAUCCACGCUCGUCCUGGUCACAUCCAGCUCGUCCUUGACUCCAGCCACAGGGGGCCACGCUUCCCUCUCCAGCCCCUCCACUCCUGGGUCCAUGUCUUCUUCAUCAAGCUCUGUGUUCUCCUCGUCUGGUUCCGGAGGCAGGGAGAGGGAGAGGAAACCCGAAGGGCAUCAAGACGCCAGUGGUGGGGCGCUGCCACAGCCGGUAGCCUGUCAUCCCACACCAACAGCCCUGCUGCCCCUCAUACUACCAGCAGAGUCGCCUCACCCUGCUCCACGCAAGCAAAUCAUCAUGGGACGCCCAGGGACCGUUUGGACCAACGUGGAGCCUCGGUCGGUGCCAGUGUUCCCUUGGCAUUCGCUGGUCCCUUUCCUGGAGCCCAGCCAAUCGGGAGCAGCUGCCCAGCCCGUUGAUGGCCAACAGCUUGUCAAUCAGAGCAAAGAGCCUCGCUGUGCUGUAGCUCUGGUGAGUGACGGGCGGUCAGGUCCUCCAGACCUGGAGAGAGGAUCGCCAUCAUGUCCACCCCCAACGAAUGACAAUCCUCCUACAGACAGGGGUGGGGUGGACAGCGAGAUGGAGAGUGACACAGAUGACCCGUUUUCCCCGGGUUUGGCCAACGAUCCAUCGCCUUCCACUGGAACCAUUAAGAGACGCACACAGUCCCUCAGUGCACUGCCUAAGGACGGAGACAGAAAGAGGGAAAAGGACCACAUCCGCCGUCCCAUGAAUGCCUUCAUGAUCUUCAGUAAACGCCACCGGGCCCUGGUGCACCAGCGACAUCCCAACCAGGACAACCGCACAGUCAGCAAGAUCCUGGGCGAGUGGUGGUACGCUUUAGGGCCCAAUGAAAAGCAGCAGUACCAUGAUCUGGCCUUUCAGGUGAAAGAGGCCCACUUCAGAGCCCACCCAGACUGGAAGUGGUGUAACAAGGACCGCAGAAAGUCUCUGUCAGAGGGCCGGGGUACCCCAAAGGAGCCACGGGAGAGGAGCAUGUCAGAGAGCAUAGAUGCCCACUCAGAGUCCCAGGUGCUGGAAGGGAAGGGGGGAGGCUCGGGAUGGCCGGGGGCAUCGGAGCGUCGAGGAGGGAUGUUUGGGGGGCCGUCUCACCGUCCCCGAGCCUUUUCCCAGAGUGCAGUGCACACCCUGGAGCAGAGGGAGUGGGAGAGAGACCUGGAGAAGGAGGACGGCACAGGUUUGUUUCGCGGCCGUCCACCGCCUCAGUCGCUGUACCAGGGUGGGGCCAGCGAGGACGUGACUAGCGAUGAGGAACGCAUGGUCAUCUGUGAGGAAGAGGGAGACGAUGAUGUCAUGGAAGAUUCAUGUCCUGAAGGCUCCAUCGACCUGAAGUGUAAAGAGAGGGUGACAGACAGCGAUGAGGAUGAACCAGAUGGACAGCAUGGCUUCCAGCCUGUGGCUCGCUCCUCUCUCCCCUCCUCCUCUCCCUCCAUCAUUCACUCCGACUCCUCCUCGGCUAAAGGGAACGGUGGCGGUAACGGAGGAGGUCCUGAAGACGGGUCAGAGAAGAAGAGAAAGAGAGGUGCAGAUGGAGGAGAGGAUGAGAGCGAGGGAGCCCUAAAGACAGAGCAAGGUGGAGGAGAAGGAAAUGGAGGAGGUGGGCAGGGUGUCUCCUCUCUCUCCAUCGCCCAGCCUCCUCCACCGCUGGCCCAGCAGAGUUUGACCCCGGUCGGCGUCCGCAUGGCCCCCACGAUGGUGACUAACGUUGUGCGCCCCAUCGCCAGCACGCCCAUCCCCAUCGCCAGCAAGCCGGUGGAAGGAGCCAUCACCCUCAGCACCCUGCCACAGGACAAGAAGGCCACUCUCCUGAUUGGGGGUGGAGGUGCUCAGCAGCUGCCGAUCACAGCAGGGGGUGGGUACCUGUCGUCCUCCUCCCCUGGUCCAGUCAGUGUAACCCCUGUAGGAGGCAGCAGCCUGCUCACUAGCCUAGGUCUGGGACCCGCUCAAGCAGUGGAGCUCCUCUCCCUACACAUCCAAAGCCCCCUACCUGUCCUCCAGCUCCACCCCACUGCUGCCACCACCUCUUCUCUCACACCUCCCGCCUGCCCCACGACCCCGGGACAGGCGCAGUACAUCCUGCCCACCGAGAGCCCCUCCUCCCCUCAACUCACUCACCAGCAAAUCCUCUCCCUGCCCGCAAAUGCCGCCCUGGCCAAUGGCGUGCACUCGGGGGCGGGAAUCAGAGUCAGCCCCGGGACUAGAGUCCAAACCCAGUCGCCAGUCUUGCAGAGCAAGAUGUUGGUUCCCAUGGCAACAGUGAGAACCGGGUCUACUCCUCCUCAUCCUUCCAUUUCCCUGGUGGCUCCGCCUCUUCCCGUGCAGAACGGCCCUGCGACAGGAAACAAGAUCAUCCAGAUUGCUUCCAUGCCUGUUGUGCAGACCAACGUCCACCCUAGCGGUGCAGCAACAGUACAUCCUGGGAGCCCCUAUCCUGUUUCCAUGGCAACGGUGAUGACUCCCGGUGCUGCGCCCCCACAGACCGUUCUCCUGACCUCUCCACCCACCAGGAUCACGUAUGUUCAGUCAGGUCCAGGUGUCACCACGGCAACGCACCAGCAGGGUCCACAACCCCCUGGUCCUGCAUAUCUCCAGUCUUCUCUGGCAACCCUGGGCUUCACCGCCAUCGCCCCAGCUCCACAAACCCUGGUUCAGCCAGUCGUUGGUCAGCCUCCGCUACUCGCCCCAGCUCAGCCUCUAAGCUGUCAAUCACAGAGCUCUCCGGGACAGACAGCGGGCACCACCGGUCGUCAGGUACUAACUGCCAUCUACCCUGCACCACCCGUUGCUCUGCCCACUGGCGUGGUCUCAGUGACGCCUGUGCCGCCUGCAGGGGCGGCUCCAGCUCAGGACGUGGCGAACCCUCCCUCUCCGCUCGCUGUAGGGCUGCAGGGUUCAGCGGUGGCGACCCCUCACCCUGGCAUGGGAACAGAGGUGGAGGUGAAGCACGAGAGCCAGCUGGAUGCUCAGAGUGACGCUCAGGGGUUGUCGAGCUGUGUCACCAGCUCCUCGAUGGGCACCUGUACAAGCAGCAUCAUCGCAGUGAAAAAAGAGGAGGACACCACUUUGUGCAUCAAAGAAGAAAAUUUGAGGGAUGGAUAUGAGAGAGAGAAACAAAGUGAGAUGGACGACGAGCGAGAGAGCUGUGAAAAGAAGCGAGGCAGAGAGACGGAGAGAGAGGAGCUCAGCACGGGCAACAGCAGCAAAGAGGCUGGACCUCGUUCCCCACCUCCACCACUACCCUCAGGUUUGGACCCCCCUCCUCCUCCACCUGUAGAAAGAGAUCCUCCCUCUUCCUCAAAGAAGACCAAGUUUCGGCCCCCGCCACUCAAAAAGACGCCUGACUCUCAUGACAAGCUCCUCUCGGAGACGUACUUUGAGGAACGCUUUGCUGAGCUGCCAGAGUUUAACCCAGAGGAGGUCCUUCCCUCGCCCACUCUGCAGAGUCUGGCCACCUCACCGAGAGCAAUCCUGACCAGCUACCGCAAGAAGAGACGCAACUCCACGGACCUUGAGCUGACUGGGGAAGACCCGAGCUCCCCGAGGAGAAAGACUCGUCGCCUGUCCAGCUGCAGCUCAGAGCCCAACACCCCCAAGAGCGCCGCCAAGUGUGAGGGAGACAUAUUUACCUUCGACAGAGCAGGUCCAGAAGGCGAGGUUCCCCCGGGAGAAUUGGACAGGGUUUCGUACUCGUCUCUGCGCAGAACACUGGAUCAGCGUCGGGCCCUCGUCAUGCAGCUGUUUCAUGACCAUGGCUUCUUCCCCUCAGCUCAGGCCACAGCUGCCUUCCAGGCGCGCUACUCAGACACGUUUCCCAACAAGGUGUGCCUGCAGCUGAAAAUCCGCGAAGUCCGUCAAAAGAUCAUGCAGACGGCCACGCCAGGAGCCCUCGAGCCCGGAGCGUUGGCCGAAGCCAGCCCCGCCUCUUCCCACAGCUCCUCUUUUAAUCAAUCAACCCGGGAGGAUGCAGGGGUGGAGCUGCAGGGAGACAAAGGGCGGAGCCCCGAGGAGCCGAAAAGCGAAGGAUCGUAAGCUGGAGAGGGCGACGGAGCAGAAGAAUGGAGGAAAGACAAAGAGGGAGAGAGAGGAGUGCGUUAACCAGUGAGGUCCUAUCUACUGGCGCUAAUCUCCAUCAGACCUGGGCAGAAAUGUGGAAUGUGGUCACAAAUAAUUCAAACUACUCAAGGCGCGCUUGGAUCAUCUAAUCAGACCUUUAAAAAAAAUCAAAAAUCAAAAAGCCUCAAAUAUGGUCAAAUCACAUGCAAGUCACGAUGAGUCAAGUGCUUCUUGUAUUGUUUUCGCUGUUUAUUUUCCAAGUAUCCAGAAUGUCUUUAGUUAACCCUUUUGCCCGGGUCUGCUCUCAGCACAUUUGUACAGUAGUUUGUAGUUUGACACACAAACUCUAUCUCUCUGGCAAACACACACAUGCAUACAGACACACACACCAGCCCUGGUGCAUAUGUAAUCUCCAGCAUGCACAUGAUCCCACAGAAACACGCAUACACGCUUAACAAUCAGACUGUUACUCUUGGUUGGCAGCCCCCAGGAGUUGCUACCAAGGACCACGACACACAAAGGCACUUUGUCACUUAUUGUGCAGAUGCAGUUUGCUGUUGCCAGCCAGCCAGCCCUCAGAUGCCAUUGACUUGACCUCUUUCUCGUCCUCCCACUCCUCAGCACAGUGGUCAGGACAUAAAAACACAACCCCAACGACCUCCACUGAUAUUCCACAGCCCCUCGAUGCUGCAAGACAGACAGCACACACACAUACACAGUACACCCACACACGAACACGCGUCCGUACAGCGUGAGUACACAAACACAGUCAAACACCACCACCAACCCCGCCCCUUGGUCUGACCAAGCCAUCGGCCUGCACAGUUUUUAGUGAUUGUAGUGAGAAGAGAAACUGAAAGCAUGACAUUUUAUUCGCUCCUGAAAAGAAAAACAAAACAAACAAAUAAAAACAAGAAGGCAGGAGUCGUGAUGUAGUGUGACCAAUCUUUGCACCUUCAGUUUAUUGCCAUUAUGAAAGACUCGAGUCCUUACUGGCGGGAGCUGAUGAUCUAUAUGUCUGUAUGUCUGCCGGGGGUCAUGACCCCCAAAACCUGUGCGAACAGGUACCAUAAAGAGAUUAUGUAAAGAGACUUUUAGGUUGUGAGGCUUUGAAGAAUCAACGUUAAACUCGACACCGACCAGCUCCCAACAGAGCACGGAGAAAAAGGACGGAAGAAGGAGAAACUGGAUGCAAGAUUCAUAUUCCAACGAUGGGAAGACGUGAUAGCGGUGAAUACGGACAACAUGACGAGAACCAAACUUCUCUGAAUCCCCCCCCUCCCUCCCCCCAUGGAUAUGAUGUUGCUUUCUCUCAUUAUCGUGGAAAUAACCAGUUUUAACGUGGCCUGUUUUUCUCUCUCGUGGCUCUAUUGUGUUUCUUCUCCAGCAUAAAAAAAUAAUAACAACAA